AUGGUGCGCAGGUUAACUUCUACCGCGGAAGGCAUCGGACUCAAGGGCCUGGACCAAGAUUCCCUCAAAUACGUUGGCUACAAAUCAGACAUGAUCCACCUCCUCUAUUCCUUGCUGUUAAACGGGGGCACACUGGACUGCCCGUCGCCAUUGUAUCGAGCAGUUGACGAUGGCCAACGAGAGAUUAUUUCUUUGUUGCUAGAGUACAGCGUGGGGCCCCAGGCAAGCGCUUUGAAACUGGCUGUUCUACGAGAGGAUGAGUCUAUGAUUAGAUUUCUUCUAAACAACGGCUUUAACGUGCAAGAAUAUGCCCACUCUGCGCUUUUCGCCGCCAAGAUGAAGGGCGAUCAGAAUAUAGUCGGCCUGCUGGAGUCAAGAGGAGCCACAUUAGACUUGCAUUCUAACGACGACGAGGAGCAUUGGGAUAAGGAGGAUGGGGAUGGUGUUCCUAAACCAUUACUUCGGGUUUUCGUGUCUGAGGAGGGCGCAGAAGUGGAUGAGAGCGAUGCUGACGAUGACACAUCUAACGUACAGUACGAAUCAUACGAUUUUGUCUUUUUAUUGUCGCAUAGUAACAUGGUACAACAUCGUGCAUAUGCCAACAUUAGCCCUGAUCAAUCUCCGACGUAG